GACGUGCCGAACUGGUUUGACAGCGAAAAAAUUCAUUGAUUUUUUCGGAAACCAAAAGUGUCCCCAGGAACGAACAAACGACGACGACGCAAACAAAUUCCACCAAAAAGUUCCCAUUUUUCACGGCCGACUGCGCGCGUGUUAGGGUCGGUGCAAUAAUUUCCCGCUGGCGCUUCAUUCAUUGGCGCCCCGCGUGCACUGGUGGGCGCCAGUUGUUCAACAGCAAAGGUCGAUUGCCGUGGCCGGUGGAGACGGUCAAGGCGCAACUUGCUGCACCAUCACUGCUGGCUGGCUGGCUGGCUGAUAUUGUGUGUGAACGAACGGUUUGUGUGUGAGCAGCACACUGCAGAUUUUCCGCUGCAUUUUCAUCACGUAUCGAUUUCCUGUGUCUGCCAGCACCCAAUGCUUGUGCACGAUGGUCGAAUUGUUGCCAUUUAGGAGGAUCUUCCUAGCUGUGACACGAAACGCGACGAUGUGUUGUGUGCUGAAGAGAUGAAGUGUUUUCCCGGUAGCAAUAGUAGCCAAGAACGACCUCCUUCUCCUCCUCCUUCACGGGCUGUCGGUGAGGGUAGGGGACGACGACGACAAACACGACGGAUGUCCAGUGUGUUGGCGCUGGAUCCGUGCAGUAGACGACGACGAUUGCAUUUCACUGGACGAAUUUGGUCGCCCGCGCGGCCGGGGCAAGGUUUCGCUUCGACCGCAGCACCACCACCGGCGGCAGCAGCAGCAUGAUGAUGGCCAACAAUAAUUCCGGUGAAGUGAAGACAGCAGCAGCCGCACCACCACCACCACCGAGUGAUGGCGGCGGUGGUGGUGGUGGUGGCGGUGGGGAAGAAAGUGCGAGUGACGGUGCUGGCAGCGGGGGAGGAGGGGACAGCAGUGAGGUGAAUAUCCGGCGGGGGCUGGACGUGAUACAGAGCAUGAUCGAUAUAUCGGCCGAUCGGCUCGAGGGCUUGCGAACGCAGUGUGCGACGAGCGCCGAACUGACGCAGCAGGAAAUCCGCACGCUCGAAACGAAGCUGGUGAAGCUGUUUUCCGAUCUGUUGAUUACGAAAUCGAAGCUUCCGGAGCGGCUGCCCGCCCGGGGUUUGCCCGCAACCGGAAACGAACUCAAGCAAUGGCUCAGAGUUGUUGGUCUGAGCUGUGCAUCACUUAAUGCUGUGAUACAACAGGUCACCACGCUGGAAGGACUGCUCGAGAAGGACGAGCGAGAGCUGCGGACAAUCAUGGGCAACAACGUGUACGUCCGGGAGGAGGAAAUUAAGCGGCUGACGCGUGCCUGCGGCAAUCUGCGACGGUGCCGCGAACAUCUCGAACUGCCCGCCUCCGACGGUGGUGGCCGAAAGGGCACGGAACCGCACGAUCUCUUCUGGGAUUCGUGGGACCGUCAGCCAGCCUGCCAUCGAACGUCACCUCGCGUCAACCGGUCGUUGGGUGGAAGUAAAGCCACCGCCAAGCAUAAUGCCGCCGCCGCCUCGGGAAGCUACCAUAAUCAACGCCAUCAUAACAAUGGGCCCACUGAAUCGACACACGCUACCAACACAAGCCCCCAGACGGAGGACGGCAGCAUGCAACACGAAGGAGGACUGCUGAAUCCGCAGCACGCGAUCUCACCGGACGAGGCUUCCACCAGUGGCUGCACCCCUUCGCCAUCGCCACCGAACUCGCCCUCGAACGUGUUGCUACACAACAAGCAGAAUCGGCGCGGCUUUCCCACAACGCCACCGCCGAGAAAGAAACACCAGACGGCACUCCUAUCGUAUGCGUCCGCUUCCUCUUGUUCCCCGGUGACGGCAUCAUCGUCGACCGUUUCGACUGUGGCCAGUGGUACGAACAACACCACCAGCACAUCCAGUUCUGCGGCGUGUUCGGCCGCUGAAGCCGCCAACACGGCGCUAACCAAAUCCAAGUCGCAUGAAUCGCAAUUCGGAAGUCAGCAGGCUGGUGGUGGGGGCGGUGGUAGCGGAACUGGAGGUGUUACCAGCGGAGCCAACAACAACAACAGCCACGCAAAUAACAACAACAACAGCAUAAACCACAUUAACAACAACAUUCCAUCGACGGUGGUGUCGCUUGGCGAGGGUUCUCUCACAACCACCGCCAGCGCGACCAGCAACGGAGGUUCCGGAGGCACGUUCGUGUCCCAGCAGCAGCAACGGUUGAUGGGAAAUGGAAGUGCGAACCGGAUGGGGACGUUUCCUCGCAGCCGACUACACACCGAACCCACCAUCACGGGUAGUGGCGGUGGCGUUGUUGGUGGAACCAGCAGCGUCCUCAGCACCAGCGGUGACCAUCACCAGCAUCACCAUCAUCAGCCACCCCAACACUACCAUCUUCACUAUCAUCAUCACCUGCAGCAGCAACAGCAACAGCAAGGAGUUGUCGGAAGUACCGGAAUGUCCCCGGAAUCGGGUGGCGAAUACUGUGGCACCGGUGAUCCGGGUGUUCCCCCUCAUCCGACUGGGGGUGUCGGUAUGAUCUCCUCCUCCUCCUCCGCCUCCUCCGCCGUACCUCCAAAAUCACCAUGCACCCCGAUCAUCACACGCGGCAUGGGCCACAUGAUACAGCACCGGUUUACGAAGAAGUUCAAGGUCACGAAGAGCACGUGCGAUCUGUGCCUCAAGCAGAUGUUCUUCGGCUUCAAGUGUACCGAGUGCAAGUACCGCUGCCACAAGGACUGCAAAUCGAACGUACCGCCGUCGUGCGGACUGCCGCAGGAGUUUGUCGACGAGUUUAAGAAAUCGCUUCAAUCGGACACGCUGCUUCCGACAAGCGUUUCGCCCAACAUUGGCCGCACUGGAGGGGGAUCGGGCGGCGGCAUGUACGGUGGAGGACGGGGCGACGGUGGAAAGACGGGGAUGGUACGAGGACCGAUGCACGCGAUACACGCGUGUGGUGGCGGUCCGGACAGCAGUUCGGCCGGGUCGAGCUGCAACAGCUCAUCGCCCUCGAGUCCCGCGCUCCUCUCGCUGCCGCCACAAACACCCGCCACGUCCAAGUAUUCGCAGUUCAAUUUUCCCGAGGUAUCGAGCGGAGUGGGAGGACACGGUGGCAUCACUGGCGGCAGCUCCGGCUCGACGACGACCAUGAUGAUGAUGGCGAUGAGUGGAGGAAGCGAUCGAAGCGGCGGAGGCAUUACGAUCGAAACACAUCCGAUCGGAGGCGGUGGUACGGGCGGACUGGGUGGAAGUCUGGGCAGCAGCGGCGUCUACACGAUGGACGCAAGCGUCGAAAUACCCAAACUACAGUUCUCGGACAUUCCCGAUCAUAACGUGCCCGGCGGGGGCGAAGACAAAACCGGAUCUGCCAGCGCGACGAGCACCGAUUCGUCCUCCGAUCGUACGCCGAUCCGGCUCGACUCGACUGAAGAGCGCGACCACGAAAGCAGCUGGCCGCGGCAGAAUUCUCUUUCGCUCAAAGAGUGGGACAUUCCGUACGAUGAUCUACAUCUGAAGGAAAAGAUCGGCAACGGCCGGUUCGGCACCGUGCACCGAGCGCUCUGGCACGGCGACGUGGCCGUGAAGCUACUGAAGGAAGACUACGUGGCGGACGAACGCACGCUGGAAGCGUUCAAGCUCGAGGUGGCCACGUUCAAGAAAACGCGGCACGAAAAUGUCGUCCUGUUCAUGGGCGCGUGCAUGAAACCGCCCCGGCUCGCCAUCGUCACGUCGCUCUGCAAGGGCAACACGCUCUUCACCCACAUCCAUCUGCGCAAGGACAAGUUCAACCUGAACCGCACCACCCUGGUGGCGCAACAGAUCUCGCAAGGCAUGGGCUAUCUGCACGCGCGCGGCAUCGUCCACAAGGACCUCAAAACGAAGAACAUCUUCCUCGAGAACGGCAAAGUGAUCAUCACCGACUUUGGACUGUUCAGCGCCACCAAGCUGCUGUACUGCGAGCUCGGUCUCGGCAUCCCCGGCGGGUGGCUCUGCUACCUGGCACCGGAGCUGAUGCGCAACCUGACACCCUACCGACCCAUCGAGGGCGAUCUCCCUUUCUCGAAAGCCUCGGACAUCUACGCAUUCGGCACGGUUUGGUACGAGCUGCUGUGCGGUGAGUUCCCGUUCAAAUCGCAACCGGCCGAAUCGAUCAUCUGGCAGGUGGGACGCGGCAUGAAGCAAACGCUGGCCAAUCUGCAGGCAUCGCGCGACGUCAAGGACAUACUGAUACAGUGCUGGAGCUACCAUUCGGACGAUAGGCCCGACUUUGCCAAACUGCUCACGCAGCUAGAACGACUGCCGAAGAAACGGCUUGCCCGGUCACCUUCCCAUCCGGUGCAGCUGUCCCGGUCGGCAGAAUCGGUCUUCUAGAGGGAGACAGCCACAAGAGCGAUAGCUCCAGCCCAGCUACUUCGGGACAGGUGUGGUGAGAUUAUUAUAAAGGACAAAACUAAAUAAAUAUAGGGACGAGUGUAAGGAUAGGAAAGCAGUGCAGGCGAAGGACAGGAGUUGCCAGUGUUACACGAGGGGGAAUACUCGCAAAACGGUUACGAUAAAAUAGUCGAAAUUACAAAAGCAACACACGAGCGACAGCGACGGAAAAGCGUGAGGGCGGAAGAACGGUGAGCGAAUGACAACAUAAGAACAAAUUAAUCACAUCAUUGGAUCAGAGUUGUAAUCUAAAAUAGCUUCAAAGUUGAAUAAAGUGUGACAAAAAUACUACGAAAUGAA